CGUGCGUGACCUCGGGACCCCGCGUCCGGCGCGGGUCUGUGGCGGGCGCAGGGGCUGCUGGGAAGAUGGCGGCCUGGGUACCCUGUCGGAGGUGGGGCUGGGCGGCUGUGUUGUUCGGCCGGCACCGAGGCCCGAUCGCGUCGCUAGCUCGGAAGCCCCCACGGGCAUGGUGGCUGCCAGCUUGCAGACAAAAGGUAUCACUCUCUUUCCUUAACCGACCAGACCUUCCAAGCCUGGCUUAUAAGAAGCUAAAAGGCAAAAACCCAGGAAUUAUCUUCAUCCCGGGCUAUCUUUCUGAUAUGAAUGGUGAAAAGGCACUGGCAAUUGAGGAGUUUUGCAAAUCUCUAGGUCACGCCUGUAUAAGGUUCGACUACUCAGGAAUUGGAAAUUCAGAUGGUAACUUAGAAGAAUGUACAGUGGGGAAAUGGAGAAAGGAUGUACUCUCUAUACUUGAUGAUGUAGCUGAAGGGCCACAGAUACUGGUCGGAUCUAGCCUUGGUGGAUGGCUCAUGCUGCAUGCUGCAAUUGCAAGGCCUGAAAAGGUCGUAGCUCUUAUUGGUAUAGCUACUGCUGCAGAUGCCCUGGUGACACAGUUCCAUGCACUUCCUGUUGAGGCGCAAAAGGAAAUAGAAGUGAAAGGGGAAUGGACCUUACCAUCUAAAUAUAAUGAAGAAGGAUUUUACCAUGUUCCAUACAGUUUCAUUAAAGAAGCGGAACACCAUUGCUUGUUACAUAGCCCCAUUCCUGUGACCUGCCCAGUGCGCUUGCUCCAUGGCAUGAAGGACAACAUAAUACCUUGGCACAUGUCUCUGCAGGUCGCUGACCGAAUUGUCAGCCCAGAUGUAGACGUCAUCCUUCGGAAAAACAGUGACCACAGGAUGAAGGAAAAAGCAGAUAUUCACUUGCUUGUUUGCACUAUUGAUGACUUGAUUGACAAGCUGUCAACUGUAGUUCACUAGAAUCACACUUGUGAUUGCUAUGCACUCUAAUUCUCCCAGAAGAUUGGAAGAAUGAUAGUAAAUCAAAGACCCAGAUACAUUAGGGUUUAUGUCUUUUAUUUUGUAAAUAAGUAUUUAUUUAAUGAUGUCUUUGCACAACUACACAAAUUGUGACAAAAGUAUUAGCUGCUGUUUGGAAAUUUUUUUCCUUCCUUUUAUCGUUGAUACUUUUCCCAUUAAAAUAGUACCUAUUUUUUUUAUUCAAGAGCUACUUACCUUUCUUAUGCAUACUUUAGUGGUGCCAGCACUGUGUUCCCUUCUACUACAAUAAAGCUUGAAUACUUUGA